AUGUCGAAUACUGUGGUUUCUGGGAUUACUGCGGUAGCUGGAUUUGCUACUUUUGGUUGCUUGAUUUAUGUCGCAGUUUUGUUUAAUGAUAUCAAUGGGAUUUAUAACGAUGUGAUGACUGAUAUGGGAGACUUUAAGGUAACCAGAUAUUUUUUUACAAUAAAAUGUAAUGAUUUUGUAGGUUUACGCUGAUGAUGCUUGGAACUCGAUGAUCAAUGUUCAACAUCCACAAAGAUCUCGUGAGAUGGCUUCUCUCUUUGGCCGCAACAAACGUCAAGCUUCAUGCAAUUGUGGCCCACAAGCUAACAAUUGUCCACAAGGCCCACCAGGUCCACCAGGAACACCAGGAGAUGUUGGACUUGACGGAAAUCCAGGACAACCAGGAGCUCCUGGACAAAAUGCUGUUAUUCCAAGUAUCAGCACAGAUACUGGAGAUUGUAUCGUUUGCCCAGCUGGAUCACCAGGACCAAAGGGACCUGACGGACCACAAGGACCAGCUGGACCACAAGGUCAACCAGGACAACCAGGACAAAUUGGAUAUGAUGGAGAGCCAGGAACACCAGGAGCACCAGGAGAUGCUGGAGCACCAGGACAACCAGGGCAACCAGGACCAAAUGGACAACCAGGAAACAACGGAGUGAGUAAUUAUUUUAUUUUUUACAGUCUUGAUAGUUUGAAAGUUUUGAUUUUUUUAGUCAUUAUGUCAUAGGCCCUCUGAAAUUUUCGAUAUCCCUAUGCAUUCAACAACUCAUAUAGAGUAAUGUGAAUUUUUAUGACUUUUCACCAUCUUUCAUAAUGGAUUACCAUCAAAUAGAAGCAUCUAAGGAUUUUUUGAAAAAUCAAAGAUUAUCUGACAACAAACAAAAAUGAAUGGAUUUCAGCAACGCGGAGUUGGACAACAAGGGCCACCAGGACCACCAGGAGCUCCAGGAGCCCCAGGAAAUAACGGAACACCAGGGCAAAAUGGUGGACCAGGAAACCCAGGACCAAGUGGACCAGCUGGACCAAAUGGUCAACCAGGACAACCAGGAGGUGAUGGACAACCAGGAACCAUUGGACUCCCAGGAGUUCCAGGAACUGAUGCCGCUUAUUGUCCAUGUCCAGCUAGAACUGGACCAGUUGAAGUUGCCCCAGCUUAUGGAAGACAAGAAGAGGAUAGAAAAUUUAGACGAGUUUUCUCAAAUUAG